AUGGCUAGAACAGUUUCUAAUCCGACCACUGGCGGAGGACGCGCUUCAGUAGGCGGAGGAGAUAGGACGAGUAUAGGUGAACCUAGAAGAGUGAAGAAUACUGCAAGGAAAAGUACGGGUGGUAAAGCACCUCGAAGAUCUGGACCUUUCAACCCUGCACCAGGUCGUAAUGCACCUGGACCAAGAUCAAGACCGAGUGCAGCAGAUACAGAAGGUGGUCCAACAAGAGCUAAAAGGCGUUAUAGACCAGGAACACUGGCUUUAAAAGAAAUUAGACAAUAUCAGAAAUCAACAGAUCUGUUGAUUGCCAAAUUACCUUUUUCAAGAGUUGUACGGGAAGUGGCAUUAUCAUCAUCAUCGAUGGAGGCUGGAGAUCUACGUUGGCAAAGUUCAGCUAUUAUGGCAUUGCAAGAAGCUGCUGAAGCGUUUCUGGUUCAUCUAUUUGAGGAUGCAAAUUUGUGUGCGAUUCACGCUAAAAGAGUGACGAUAAUGCAAAAAGAUAUCCAGCUGGCAAGGCGUAUACGUGGUCAAUGGCAUGGACUAGGAUAA